AUGGAGAGUGAGCUGCUGGUAACAGCAACAGAGACAAAGAAAAAGUAAGAAAUUUUGAACAGGCAAUUCUAAUGCUGUAAUUUUAUGAAGAGUAUUUUUUAUAUUGACUGAUCACUAGUAUAUUAAAAUGUAAUACAAAGUGGGUGGGUAGAUGCAGUGCCGUAGCCAGAACGAUAAUUGGGGGGGGGCACAUAUUCAUAUAUUCGUGUUCUGCUUUAUUAAUUUCUUUUGAAAUCAGUUGUUUUUAUGGUAUGUGAACACGAAUAUAUGAAUAUGUGCCCCCCCCCAAUUAUCGUUCUGGCUAAGGCACUGGGUAGAUGAGGGCACAAGGCACAUUUCCAGACAUACAGUAUCAACACAAUCAUCCCCUUUCAUAACAAGUAAAAUCUGUCUGGUAUUAGACAGAGAAGAAGCAUUAUAAAGAAGUGAUGUAAUAAACCCAUGUAAACUAUGUAAUAUUAAUUUAAUAAUAUUACACAAUUAGGGCAUGAGUGGAUGCUUUAAUAAACUUCUUUACAUAUUUAAAAUUGUAGGGCUGUGGUAGUGUGGAAUGAGAAAAAUGAUCUCAUCAUGUUGCGUGAAGUCGCUGCAGACGGGUUACUUCAACACAAGGCUGGGUCUCGAGAGAGAGGAGCCGGAUGGCAAGCUGUUGCAAAUAACUUAAGUAGCAGCUUGACGUCUGGCUCUGAAGUAACAUCAAGAGCGGUUCGUGACCAUUUUACCAUAAUUGCAAAGAGGCAUCAAGCUAAGGUUGCAAAAGAAGAGAGGGGAACUGGUUUAGGAGGAGAAGAACUGACAGAAAGAGAAGCAUUGUUGGAAGAAUUGGUUGAUAUUCGUGAUGAGACUGAGAGGAGAGUAGAAGAAGAAGCUGGUGUAAGGAGAGGGAAUGCUGAAGCAGAAAGAUCACAAGCAUUGGAAAUGAGGGAGAGAGCAAUGGAAAGAUAUGGAGAGACUAGGCAGAGAUUGCAAGGAGAAUUGGGGCAAUACAAAACACCACCAGAAAAGAAGAGAAGAAGUUCAUCAGAAAUGUUUGAUUGGCUAAAGGAAAGGGCGUUGAAUGAGCGGACAUCUAGAGAGAAAGAAUUGGAGGAUAAAAGAGAAGAGAGAGAAGCUUUGAAAGAGGAAAGAAACAUUUUAAUUGAACAGAUGAAAGCAUCUCAAACCCAGUGGCAGCAUCAGCUAUUGCAAGUUCAAGAGCAGCAACAGCAGCAAAACCAGCAACAACAGCAGCAGUUUGGCAUGCUUCAUCAGCAGAUGUUAUCAAUGAUGCAACAACAACAACAACAAACACAACUAUUGGCUUCGUUAUUGAGCAACAGAGAUAAAUGA